AAAAGCAGAUAGCGCAGAAGAUACGCCGAAGAGCCCCCAGAGCCAGUGCUAGCUUUCUCCACAAAAGCCCACUCUUUUUGGGCAGCAUACAGUUACGUUAUAGUUGUUUCGAAUUGCCAGUUCGUGGGGAAGAUCACUUCGGGUGAGCACUGACCACAUUCUCACUUGGUAAGAGAUGGACCCCAAGAAGCACCAAAAGGAUCUCGAUAGACUUGCUCGCAUCCGAGAAAAUCAGCGGAAUAGUCGCGCUAGGAAACAACAGCACACCCGCGAGUUGGAAAAGAAGUUGGCUGCUUUGCAAGAACAAGCGCGUCACCGGGAUGUGGAACAUAGAAUGGCCGUGCAGAAGCUUGAGGCGGAGAACAGAAAGUUGAGAUAUCUUCUGACUCGUUCGGGCUUGCCGUCGGAAUUAUUAGAACAGUAUCUGCAAAUUGAUGAUCCAGCCUUGACCGAGAAGGUAGCCAUUCCGAAGCUUCGUUCGACUGAAGCACAAUGCCAGUCACAAGACAGUCCAGCCUGUAUACCAAAGGCGGGAAAUGCUGCUACUAGUGCACUACAAUCAAUUGGGUCAGGCCUUUCUAGUCCGGGACAAAGCUGUGAUCGUGUUACAAAGCCUCGUUCGGAGAUUGUGCAAGGGGCCUCGGACAUUGAAGUGCCCGUCCGAGACCAAUCUGUCUGUGGCUGCGGCCCAGGCGAAGCUGUGGAGUCAUGGCCAAGCAAUGGAGAUGUUCUGAAUACUACGCUUUGUGCCAUUGCAGAUGAAUUGAUCGACCAGUACAAUACUCGUGGAGUGGAGCUGUCAGAGAUCCGCAGGAAACUCUGGGCCGGUUUCUCCAAAGGACUCACUACAGAGGAGGGAUGCAGAGUACAAAAUCAUAUACUGUUUCAGGUUCUGGACGAGAUAAGCAACAGCUGA